AUGAUCACACAGAUCAAGAUCAACAGCGAAGUUCAGAAGGCAUACAACGAGCUUGCACAUGGUGAGCACAAGUACAUCAUCUUCUCGCUCAAUAACGAUCUCACAGAAAUCGUCCUCAAGAAAGCAGCAAGCCCAUAUGCUUCACACGACGAAUUCCUCGAUGACAUUGAAGCAGAGGGCAUAUGCUACGCAAUUUACAAGUGCGUCUUCCCUUCGAAGUCAUACGGAUUCGACAUCACGAAAGACGUUUUCAUUACUUAUGUAUCUCCACGCGCAGAUAGGAGGAAGAAGAUGGUCAUCGCAGGAGCAGCUAUCUCAACAAAGAGCGCAUUCAACGGAGUCUCGAUAUCGAUGCAAGGUGCGAACGACGAACAACUCAGCCUCAAAAACAUCCAAGAGAAAUGCGCUUACUACUCUUCCUGA